AUGGCUUACGUACACAAAAACUCAUGCGAAUGCCUCAAAUCGGAGUUGGAUUUGUUUUCCGUUCCACCGACUCAAACUAGCAUAACCAAAGGUCAGUGGGUGCAGUAUUUCCCAUAUACAUCGAUAUCUGAUUCUGGUCCGGUGCAAUUCAAUAUACAAGGGACAAAUGAGGAAUAUAUGGAUUUGGCUCAAACUAUGUUACGUGUCAAAGCAAAAAUCACGAAAUCCGACGGAACGGAUUUAGAUGCUGAUGACCCGGUGGGACCAACCAAUUUGUUACUACAAUCUUUAUUCAGUGAAGUUGAUGUUUCGUUGAACGAGAGAUUGAUUACACCAUCUACCAACACCUAUUCAUAUAGGGCUAUGAUUGAAACGCUGUUAACCUACGGUACGGAUGCUAAGCAAACUCAUCUUACGGGAGGAUUGUUUUACAAAGAUACUGCGGGUAGAAUGGAUGCGGCUAAUCCUACUGUUGGAAAUGCCGUAGCUAACAAUGGACUCAAAAAACGUUCUGAAUUUACUAACGGUAGUCGUUUGGUGGAUUUGAUAGGACCUAUUCAUUGCGAUAUAUUUUUCCAAGAUCGUAUGAUGCUUAAUGGUGUCGAUGUUAAAAUUAAAUUACACAGAAGCAAAAACUCAUUUUGUCUCAUGUCACCCGAUGCAGCGGCUGGAUUCAAGGUACAUUUUGAAGACGCCUCCUUGUAUGUAAGAAAAGUGAAACUCAAUCCAUCUAUAGCGCUGGCUCACGCUAAAGCGCUGGAAAAAGGAACAGCUAAAUACCCGCUCCGUCGCGUCGAGGUGAAAACCCUAUCAGUCCCUCAGGGAAAUUUAUCGUUUACCAGGGAAUCGCUGUACAAUGGGAAUCUACCAAAACGCUAA